AUGUCCGAUGUUACCAACCCGCCGACUGCGGCCUCGGGUCGAGGCAAGCAGCUGAACAAGACGGAGGAAGAGGCGUUGAUUCGAAUUUCCAAGGAGCGUCAGGGUUCCCGCGUAUUCCCCGCGCAUCGUAAGGCUUUCUGGCUUGAGAUUUCCGAUCUUCUCUUCAAGGAAACGGGUCGUGUGUAUUCAUGGCAGUCUUGCCGGCGUCGUAUGGUUGCAUGGGAAUCGCUUACCCCUCUUGCCCCCUACAUGUACCGGGACAAGCCUAUUUAUCCACCUGAUGAGGAAAUUGAAGGCAUAGAGAAUGAGGCUACUCAGUCACUAGCCGUCACAAAAGGGGAUUUCAGCCCUCCCAUCAAUCAACACGAAGAGAGCGACAAUGAUUUGCCUCAGACCCCCUUCGUCUUGAGACGCAGUAUGAAUACGACUGUGCACCCUAGCCAGCGAGGGGUCGCCGAUCUACGCUGCAAUAUCAUCGAUCUUGUGCAGUGUACCAUGACCUCCCUUGAGGCUCAGGUCAACUGUCUAACCAACGCCCUUGUCACCGACGAGAACUCCUGUGAAGGUAUCAUCGAUGCACUCAAUCAUCUGAAAGGGGAAGUCACCAAGGCCAUCGGCGAUUACAAACGCUCCUCUUAG